UCGGCCCCGCUUGCGUAAUAAUAAUUCCGAUUUCCGGGCAGGUCUGGUCACGAAAGCAGUGACUGACAUCGAGGGGAAUGUCUUCCAGGUUUCGUUUUGACACUCUUAUUCGGAUGUGACCACCGCGCUAUGAGCAUGAUUUUUUUUAAAUGCAUGUUUUGAGUGAGGAGUGUCAAGGGAAUUACCAUUCUAUCGCUACAUUUACUCGAGAACCGCUGUUACUUGAGAUUGAGUUCCGCAUAAGUUAGUUUUAAGACAUUACAGUUUGAAAUCUGUUUAGUUGUGGUCCCCUGGCAGACUUUAUUUGCCGUAAGGACGUCGUUUGUGAGACGUAAAUUGGAUUUAGAAUGGGUGCGACACAGAGUUCGAUUCAGAGACCUUCUCCCCUUCCCGCCAUGUCAAAGAUGUCUGUUCCUUUGGAGGUCCUGGAAGAGAUCUUCUUGAAUCUUCCCCCUGAGCAGGUGGUCCGGAUUUGUCGCUUAGUAUGCCGUCAAUGGAAAGACAUCGCUGACAGCCAGUCUUUAUGGAAGGACAGAUGCAGGCGGGAAGGCUAUCACCUCCAUGAUACUUCGAAGGUACCCAAAGACUGGAGGUUAUUUUACUUCAUGUGCAAGAAGAGACGGAAUCUUCUCAAGAACCCACAAGCGGAAGAUCAAAUGACAGGUUGGCAACUAUUGGAUAACAAUGGUGACCAAUGGAAAGUAGAACCGGUCAUGGUGGCCCAUCCAAAUGAAAGCGUCCAGAAAAACUUUGUGACAUCAUUUGACAUAUGCAGGAAGUCCCAGCUGAUAGAUUUAGAGAUGGAAGGUUACAACGCAUCAUUUAUGGAUCACUUACAGCCGCACAUCAAAAUAUCAGAUUGGUACGCCCCCCGGACGGACUGUGGUUGUCAAUAUAAGAUCCACGUGGAGCUUCUUAAUCAAAAGAAGAAGCCAAUUAAGAUCUUUUCGCCUAAAGAGAUUUAUUUUGAGCAAUGGAAUGACGGUAAAUGGAAUCAGAUAACACACGUGUUUCAGAACUAUGGGCCAGGAGUGAGAUACAUCCGCUUUGUCCAUGGAGGGCAGGACACGCAGUUCUGGGCGGGAUGGUAUGGAAUUCGCCUGACGGACAGUUGUGUCGAGAUUUGUCCCGCGAUGGACACAUAGUUCUUAGGUUUUCACAUCAUUUCACUGCUAUUGACAGCUGUAGAUAUGCAAUCCAUUUAAACUGUGCUCAGGCCAAAUGGAUUGGACACCUAUCACCAUCAAUAGCAACCAAUGAGUUCAUGGGUCUAAUGUCACAAGAUAUUUCCUAUCCCAACUUUUCCCCUUGGAAAUAAUCCCCCUGGAGUCAAAUGCACUAUCCCAACCACCCAUAUGCACACCUGGAAGGAUUCACGAUUAAAAAAAAUCUUCAAAACGGCUCCCCUUGAUGACAACCUUAAUCUGAGGCACACAAAAAAAAUUCAGAGGUGUGGAUGUUCUUCUUGUGACAGAUCCUGGACCUUCUCUGGCACACUUUGUGUGUGCAUCCAUUUUGCUUUAUGCGUAAUAUUGCACUAUUUUUUAUUUUAUUGCAAAUAUUGCUUUCAUGAUAAAAAUGUAUGCCAACAGCAAAGCAGUUUUCCUUUUGGGUAAUUUAUUGCGACAUGAAUGACCAAACUUGUUUUACGAGUUAAGUUGCCCCGCAAUUUUUUUCUCCCCUGCAAUGACUUGUGAACUGAUAUCUGUGCAUUUAAAACAGGUAAGACAUGUACCCAAGUCCUUCUUUUGAUAGGCUUUCUUAUUCUUGUUGUGUUUGAAAGCAGCUUUGCCAUCAGCUCUAACAUCCAUUGCCAAGGUGUAGUCUAGCCGUUGGCAGUAGUUAUACUGUUCAUAUACUUUUCUUAACUCACAUAGGCCUCUCACGAUAAUUACUAUAUCGACUUAUUGUUCGAUAGUAAAAAUAAAAACAUCUUUGGCCAUUUUAUAUAUUAACGUGUCACCUGACAUACUGUAUAAAAUGCCCAACAAUUGUUUUUCAGGGCACAAUAAAUUACGUGUCAUCAACAUCGGCACUGCCUUGUUCUUGCACUCUCUUUCUUUAAGGAAAGCGGUUCUCUGCUGGAGGUGGGACUAUCCCACAUACACACUGACAAGUGUGGAGAAUAAUGGUCCAAGUAACUACAGGUCAGUAUUGCCCAUGCAGAUACCAGUUAAUAAAUGAGAUAGCCCAUUAAAUCUCACUUUUAAUAACCUUUCAAGUGUUAAUAAUUUACAAGUUGCAAUAUUUAUGCCUCCAGGAAAAGAAAAACGCUAUAAUUUAUCGCGAUAGUGGGUAAAAUACACUAUAUCAUCCUACAAAAAGUCAUCACGGCCAGCCGAAAUUCACCCAUGCCAGAACACAUUUUACAAAAUUGGAGCAACCCCACAGAAGCACCAUUCCAAAUAUAUGGCUGAUUCUGCUUCACAAAGUUGAAAUAUUGUCAUAAAUUAUAUACAUGAUAUAAUGAUCACCUUGAAAUUUCUAAUUUUAUAUUUAACGCUGUACUGUAUAUACAUACAUAUACCGGUACUUAACAUUGAUAUGAAUAUUGAUAUGCCAAAUAAUUUGACAAAGCCUUUAUAAUUAUUGUAGCCAUUAUUCAUGGUAUAUUUGUUUUCGUUUUACAAAUCAGAUGCUAAAUAUUAAAUAUACGAGCACCAUUUCCCCAAAAUGCUUACCAUUGUUGGCGCAUGCACAUGAUGAUUCUUUGCGCAGCCAGUCACACAAUAAUGAAAUCAAACAGGGAUGUUGUAGCAAAUUUGACGAUCGACAUUUUAAAGUACUAAUAGCUAUCUAACUUCAGUGACAAGCAAACAAAGACUACGUCAUCAAGCUAAAAUCACAAGUUUCUUCUGACACAGACAACAGCUGACUUCAAUGCGCACGUUGCUGUUGUCACAGGCAACAGUUAAAAAAAAUGUGUCAUGUCUGGGUUAAUAGAUUGAAGUCAUCAAGGUGCGAAGGCUGUCACAAAAUGUCUCAUACGCUCGCGCAUCAAGUAGAUGUAAAGGGGGGGGAAAAAAUAGUGGGUGUAAUGCAUACAGUUGUGUAUCAAUUAGACUAACUCAUUGAUCCUCUGUACUUAUUCAUGCGCUUACUUUUCAUACUGACUUGUACAUUUACUGUAUCCGAUACAUUUGUGCAAUAAAUCCUGUUCUAACAUUGGAUGAG